AUGAGGGCUCAACAGGGAGAUGUAUUUCAGGCUUCCCUGAGUAAUGGAGGGCAGGUGGUCACAGCAGUAUCCAGCGACUUGUCAGCAGAGACGUGGGUCCUUGGGGUCUUCUUCCCUGCGACACCGGCCUUACAUUUGGAGGCCCCAGCGAGAUCGUACGUCUCACGGGAGACGAUCUCAACGGCUCAGCGUCCCUCUUCGGAACAUCAUGGGCAGACGACAUCAUCCCCAUUGUCCCUCACCCUCGACCAUUGGUUGGAGGUUCGAGAGAGAGCUCACAAUCUCACCUUACAGGUUAAGAAAGGUAAAUGGCAGACUUUCUGCUCGUCUGAGUGGCCCACAUUCUCCGUGGGUUGGCCACCGGAGGGGACCUUCCACCUUCCCCUCAUUUUAGCAGUUAAAGACAUCAUCUUCCACCCCGGAUGAGAGGGCCACCCCGACCAGGUCGCCUACAUCUUGGUAUGGCAGGACCUCAGGGAGGAACCCCCACCAUGGGUAAAACCCUUCCUUCCUCCGCCCGACUCUUCCAUACCCAAACUCCUGGCUCUAAAAGGGCCCCCUGCCCCGGUCCUGCCUGACUCCCAACCUGACCUCCCUCUGCUCGAUUGUGAUCACCCUCCUCCUCGGCCUACUUUGCCUCCUCCUUAUGCACUUCCACCACCCGUCUCCCCGCUGGAGUCAGAGGCCUCUCUUCCCUCAGCUCCAACUCUCUCUCUGUACCAGUCCCCCUGAGCCUAAGGCCCAGCUCGGAACACCCGCAGUAGACAGCGGCCGGAGGACCCGGUCGUCACUCUCCCUCUCCGUCCCUAUGGGCCCACUAUAAGUGAUGGGACAGCGGAGGGAGAAAUGCUGGCCCUUCAGUACUGGCCAUUCUCAUCCUCAGAUUUAUACAACUGGAAAAAUAAUAACCCCUCUUUCUCUGACGACCCCUCUAAGUUAACAGGCCUAAUGGACUCGCUCAUGUUCUCACACCAACCCACAUGGGAUGACUGCCAACAACUAUUGGGGGUCCUGUUCACCACUGAGGAAAGAGAUCGAAUCCUUCUCGAGGCCCAAAAAAAUGUUCCAGGAGAUGACGGCAGACCCACCCAGAGACCUGAUCAAAUUGACGAUCUUUUCCCACUAAAGCGCCCCGACUGGGACCCCAACUCUCCUGACGGUAGGCAGCAUCUUUCCAUCUAUCGCCAGACUCUAAUGGUGGGUCUCCGGGUGGCCACUAGGCGCCCUACCAAUUUGGCCAAGGUAAGAGAAAUAACUCAAGGGCCCACAGAGACUCCCUCAGUUUUUCUAGAACGCUUGAUAGAGGCUUACCAAUGGUACACGCCUUUUGACCCUGAAGAUGAAGGCCAACAGGGCUCAAUCGCCAUGGCCUUCAUAGGGCAAUCAACUCCUGAUAUAAGACGUAAGCUCCAAAGGCUAGAUGGUCUACAAGACCUAACUCUGAGGGAUCUCGUUAAGGAAGCUGAGAAAGUCUACUAUAAAUGAGAGACAGAGGAAGAAAAGGAGUUAGCUAGAGACAAAAGACGAAACAAGGAAUUGGCAAAGGUGUUGGCCACAGUUAUUCAGGGUAAGCCUGAGACUGGAAAGGGAAAGCCCAAUCGCCCCCCAUUAGACCCUGACCAAUGUGCAUAUUGCAAGGAGAAAGGACACCUAAUUAAAGACUGUGAGAAGCUUAAAAGAAAGAGAGCCAAAGAAGAACGAGAAAGGCAGUCCUCACAGUGGCAGUGAGCCCCCAUGCUCGCCUUAGAUGAAGAGGAAUAGGGACUUCAGGGCUCGGUUCCCCUCCCCGAGCUCCGGGUAAUGUUUAAGGUGGAGGGGACUCCCGUGGAAUUUGAGGUCGACACGGGAGCUGUUUACUCAGCCCUUCAGGCCCCCUUGGGAGCCCUUUCAACCAAGAAAUCGCUAGUUCAAGGGGCUAACGGAAGCAAAUACUGCUCAUGGACCACCGAACGCACAGUCGACCUGGGAAAAGGAAAAGUAAAACAUUCCUUCCUGGUCAUCCCAGAAUGCCCUGCUCCCCUGUUAGGAAGGGACCUGUUAACUAAAUUAGGGGCAAAGAUUUCCUUUGAGCCCCAGGGACCUCAGGUGACAUUCCGCAACCCGAAGGUUGAACAGCCCAUAGUCACAAUAUUGACUCUGAAGUUGGAAGAUGAAUAUAGGCUCUAUAAUGAUCAGAGUCUUCAGCCUGUUCCUCCUGCUUGGUUAGCUAAUUUCAAAGACUCCUGAGCUGAAACGGCUGGAUUGGGACUAGCCAACCAACAGCCACCUGUGGUGAUCACUCUAAAGGCCACUGCCUCCCCCGUCCGAGUUAGACAGUACCCCAUUGGCAGAGAAGCCCACCAAGGAAUCAAGGUACAUAUACAGAGACUUUUAGAUCAGGGGGUAUUAACCCCCUGUCGAUCUGCAUGGAAUACACCACUACUCCCUGUUAAAAAGCCAGGAACCAAUGAUUAUAGGCCAGUACAGGAUUUGAGAGAGGUCAACAAAAGGGUGGAAGACAUCCACCCCACUGUGCCAAACCCCUAUAAUCUCCUCAGUGGCUUAAACCCAUCCAGAACCUGGUACACUGUCCUAGAUUUGAAAGAUGCCUUUUUCUGCUUACCCCUUCAUAAGGACAGCCAAUCUCUGCUUGCGUUUGAAUGGACAGACCCAGACUCCAAAAUAAAUAGACAGUUGAUGUGGAUGCGCCUCCCCCAGGGAUUCAAGAACAGCCCAACUAUCUUUGAUGAGGCUCUCCACAAAGAUCUAGCUCCAUUCCGGGCUCAACACCCGGACCUCACUCUACUUCAAUAUGUGGACCACUUGCUUCUGGUGGCAGAUACAGAGAAGGACUGCAACAACGGGACCCAAGAUCUCCUACAUGAGUUGGCCGCUCUAGGAUACAGGGCAUUGGCAAAAAAGGCUCAAAUCUGCAACCAAAAACAGCUUCGAGAAUUUCUGGGUACGGCGGGGUUUUGUCGGCUGUGGAUCCCAGGAUUCGCAUCCUUGGCAGCUCCCCUUUACCCAUUGCUUAAGGGAGGAUCACCCUUUGUCUGGGGGAAGGAUCACCAACAGGCCUUCGAUGCCAUCAAGCGAGCCCUCCUAUCUGCCCCGGCCCUAGCCCUACCUGAUAUAAAUAAGCCCUUCACUGUCUUCAUCGAAGAGAAAAAGGGAAUAGCUAGAGGAGUGCUGACCCAGACCAUUGGGCCAUGGAAACGACCGGUGGCUUACCUCUCAAAGAGACUAGAUACCGUGGCAAACGGAUGGCCACCAUGCUUAAAGGCCAUUGCAGCAGCGGCCCUGCUCACUAAGGACGCUGACAAACUGACUUUGGGACAAAAAUUAACAAUUAUUGCCCCACACACGCUAGAAAGCGUCAUCCGCCAACCUCCCGAUAGGUGGCUCUCAAAUGCCUGGAUCACACGUUACCAAAGCCUCUUACUCAACAAAGACAAAAUAACCUUUGGGCCCCCGGUGACCCUCAAUCCAGCAACCCUACUACCAGAAGAAACUCCAGAACCAAUUCUUCAUACCUACCAAGAUAUCCUGGCAGAGGAAACCGGGGUGCGAUCAGACCUGUUGGAUUACCCCUUGCCCGAUGCUAAGGUGACCUACUUCACUGACGGGAGUAGCUUCUUGAUUCAAGGUAAGCGAUAUGCUUUUGGGGCGGCCGUGACUGAUCAUUCCAAUGUUAUCUGGACAGCCAGACUAGAAGAUGGGUCCUCGGCCCAGAAGGCCGAACUGAUCGCUCUUACUAAGGCUCUAGAGCUCGCCACGUGA